AUGGACUUAGAUGCUCGAAUUAAAAAGAUAAUGGAGGAGGCCGGAUGCUCAUACGACUUAGCAAAAAAAGCCGAUCAAGAGGCACAAGGGAACCUGCAUGCGGCUAUAGAGAUGGCCAAGAAGAAGGGCAAUGUUUUGUACUCUGGGGGACGAAGCGGGCUUUAUGUCGAAGAAAGCCCACAGAGAAAGUCAAUAACACAAUACAAGAAUGGCAUUCUGGUAGAAAACAAGUUCUACGAUUUUUCGGUAAAUGACAAUAUUAGACUCAAAGAAAUGUUAGAGAAGGGAACCUUCGAUGCAUCUCUGCUUGGGUUGCAUGGAGAUACGGCGGAGGUUAUUUAUACAGAGAAGUUAGAGGAGGAAUACAAAGAAGAGGCCAAAGCGCCGAAGAUUGACACAAAAUCUGCAUUUGUAGGAGAGGGAAGGCGGAUAGGCCGUUCCAAUAGAGACAUUCCCCAUGCUAAUAUCGAGGAUACACUAGAAAUAGCCAAAGAUGGAGAUGUACUGUUCAAGGUUAUGAUUGGAAGCAAAAGGGUUACGGUCAAAAUGCUAAGGUCACAAACAAUUGGGGACUUCUUUGAUUAUAUGGAAAGAUACUAUGACUUUGGACUCGUUUUGUCUACCAAUGGAAAAGAGGUUCCUCCAUCCCAUAGUGUUGAAGAAAUUGCAAACAAACUCGUUCUUCUCAGUAGAAGAUGA